CGACCAUCACCAUCAUAUCAGCGUUAUUAUUAUUAUCGCGCUAUCAUCUGCGGCUCGUAGACCGUUAAGGGUGAAACAGAGCGGCGGUACAUUCACCCCGAAUUAAAGUGACACGAGUGGCUGUGGUGAGGCGUUCACGGACAGUGUACUAAAGAUGUGACCGCGACGGAAUAUGGCAGUUAUCGGAGUGAAUAACAGUACUUUUUUGUUGACCUCUUGACGUGGAUUGGUGUGCGCGGCUUUAGCUAAAGCUAACGGCUCGCGUCCGGCUCAUAUUCUACGAAGUCAUUCAGGAGUAGCAGCAGCACAACAGAAGACAACACGAGUAAAUACUGGUUUUCAGUAGCACAUGGCCUGUAUUCUGCUGACAGAAAUGGACUCACCCACCUCUGUUCUCACGGCAAACCACAAUGGCCUUCUGCCCGUCUGCGACCCUGCUGUAGAAAACAACUCCAAGCAGGACAUGGACACCUCCUGUCUCACUGUCCACCUUCACUACCAAGGGAAGGAGGGAGAAGGGGACAGGGUGAAAGGUUCAGACAAUGUCCGACUCCUCACCUUUCCACCCGGGGAGUAUGUAGUGGAGGAUCUGUGCAUCGCUGCAGCGAAAGCUUGUGGUAUUGCUCCAGUUUACUGCAACUUGUUUGCCCUCAUGAGGGAAAGUGACCGGAUAUGGUUCCCUCCCAAUCACAUAUUAAAACUCAACCAGUCAGACAGAGAAAACCUGCUCUUCAGAAUCAGAUACUAUUUUCCAGGCUGGUAUAACAACAGCAGCUCAUUUUAUGCGCAUCGCUAUGGUGUGUCCAAGGGAAUGGAGACAUCUGUGAUGGACGACUGUGUAAUGGCGUACCUAUUUUUUCAGUGGCGCAGUGAUUUUCUUAAUGGCUGGGUUCAAAUGCCGGUGAGCCACGAAUUGCAGGAGGAGUAUCUGGGCAUGGCGGUGCUAGACAUGAUGAGACUCGCUAAGGAGAGCGGUCAGUCACCUGUGGACAUAUAUAAUGAUACAAGCUACAAAUCCUUCCUGCCGAGAUGCAUGCGAAGUCACAUUCAGGAGUACAACAUUUUGACUCGCAAGAGGAUCCGCUAUCGCUUCAAGAGAUUCAUCCAGCAGUUCAGUGAAUGCAAGGCAACGGAGUCCAACCUCAAGCUCAAGUACCUGAUGAACCUGGAGAUGCUGCUGCCACACCUCUACUCUGAACACUUUCAGGUCACUCUCUCUGCACACAGUGUUACCAUCGUUGUCACGGGCAACAAAGGCAUCCAGUGGUCAAAAGGAAAAGAAGAGGGAGCGGAGGAGGAGUUACAGAUGUACUGCGACUUUCCAGAGGUCGUCGACAUCAACAUUAAACAAGCUAACAAAGAAGGCUCAGCAGAGAGUCGCAUAGUUACACUGUCUAGACAGGACAGCCAAAUCCUGGAAGUGGAAUUCCACUCACCAUCAGAGGCUCUGUCGUUCGUGUCGUUAGUUGAUGGAUAUUACAGACUGGUCACCGAUGCCCAUCAUUACCUGUGUAAAGAGGCGGCUCCACCAAGACUCCUGGAGUGCAUUCAGAGCUACUAUCAUGGCCCUGUUUCAAUGGAGUUCACGAUUGGUAAGCUGCGACGCUCUGGUAAUCACCAGGGACUGUACAUCCUUCGCUGCAGCCCGAGGCACUACGACAAAUACUUUAUGUCUUUUGUGGUCGGGUAUGAAAGUAUGGUGGAAUACAAGCACUGUCAGAUUAUGAAGUUGGAAACAGGGGAGUACAUUCUGAGCGGAGCAAAGAGGAGCUUCGGUUCCCUGAGGGAACUUCUGCACUGCUAUCAAAAGGAGGCGCUGCGCACUGAAGGAUAUACUUUUCAGCUAACCAGGUGCUGCCCCCCCACCCCGAAAGAGAAAUCCAACCUGCUGGUGUGCAGAAAUAAUCAAGGUGCAGAGGUACCUCUGUCGCCCUCGCUCCACAAACACAUCAGUCAGAUGGUCUUCCACAAGAUCCGAAAAGAGGAUCUCAACAUUAAUGAGAGUCUGGGCCAAGGAACCUUCACAAAGAUCUUCUGUGGUGUGAGGAAAGAGCUGGGAGACUAUGGAGAGGUACACCAGAUAGACGUCAUUAUCAAGAUCCUGGACAAGGCUCAUCGCAAUUAUUCCGAGUCAUUCUUUGAAGCAGCCAGCAUGAUGAGCCAGCUCUCCCACAAGCACUUAAUCCUCAACUAUGGCGUCUGCGUUUGUGGUGAUGAGAACAUGAUGGUGCAGGAGUAUGGUAAAUUUGGUUCUCUGGACACCUAUCUGAAGAAGAAUAAAAGCUGUGUCAACAUCACAUGGAAGCUGGAAGUGGCCAAACAGCUGGCGUGGGCUAUGCACUACCUGGAGGAUAAGACCCUCAUCCAUGGAAACGUCUGUGCCAAGAAUGUUCUCCUGAUCAGAGAGGAGGAUCGAAAGACAGGCAGCCUGCCCUUCAUCAAGCUCAGCGAUCCUGGCAUCAGCAUCACCGUGCUGCCCAGAGAAGUUUUGGUGGAGCGCAUCCCAUGGGUUCCCCCUGAGUGCAUUGACAAUCCCCAAAACUUGAGUUUAGCCAGCGACAAGUGGGGCUUCGGGACGACCCUGUGGGAGAUCUGCAGUGGCGGAGACAAACCACUCAGCACUCUGGAUUGCUCUAAGAAGAAUUUGUUCUAUGAGGACAGACAUCAGCUGCCGGCCCCCAAAUGGACGGAGCUGGCUAAUUUAAUAAACUGCUGUAUGGACUAUGAGCCGUCAUAUCGACCAUCCUUCAGAGCAGUUAUCAGAGAUCUCAACAGCCUCUUCACUCCAGACUAUGAGCUGUUAGUGGAGAGCGACAUGUUGCCCAACCGGACAAGAGGCUUCGGCUUCCCGUGGGCCUCCGAGAGCCAGGAGCCCGCCCAGUUUGAGGAGCGGCACCUCAUCUUUCUCAAGCAGCUGGGCAAAGGGAACUUUGGCAGUGUGGAGAUGUGCCGAUACGAUCCCCUGCAGGACAGCACAGGCGACGUGGUGGCUGUGAAGAAACUCCAGCACAGCACUGCCGAGCACAUGAGGGACUUUGAGCGGGAAAUUGAGAUCCUCAAAUCGCUCCAGCACGAAAAUAUAGUCAAAUACAAAGGAGUCUGCUACAGUGCAGGACGAAAGAACCUGCGGCUGAUCAUGGAAUACCUCCCCUACGGCAGCUUGAGAGAUUAUCUCAUCAAACACAAGGAUCACUUUGACUCCAAGAAACUGCUGCUCUACGCAUCGCAGAUCUGCAAGGGGAUGGACUACCUGGCCACAAAGCGUUACAUCCACAGAGACCUGGCCACGAGGAACAUUCUGGUGGAGAGCGAGAUGAGGGUGAAAAUUGGAGAUUUCGGUCUGACCAAGGUGCUGCCACAGGACAAGGAGUACUACACUGUCAGAGAGCCGGGAGAGAGCCCCAUCUUUUGGUAUGCUCCAGAGUCCCUGACAGAGAGCAAGUUCUCCGUGGCCUCAGAUGUUUGGAGUUUCGGCGUCGUCCUCUACGAACUCUUCACUUACAGUGACAAGAACUGCAGCCCUCCAGCAGUGUUUAUGGACAAAAUGGGGAAUGAAAAGCAGGGACAGAUGAUUGUUUACCAUCUGAUAGAUCUGCUGAAACAAGGAUACAGGCUCCCUGCUCCUGAUAAUUGUCCAAAGGAGAUUCACAAGAUGAUGGCAGAGUGCUGGGGCAGUGACCCGGGACUGCGGCCGACUUUCAUGACAUUAAUCCAGAAAGUGGAGAAGGUCCGAGAGAGCAAUGAAGGAUGAGCAGCAUUCUUCCCUGAACCUUAGAACCUUUAGGUGUUGGACUCCCGGGGAUCAGGACUCACAGAUCUCAAAAGAGUAACGGAACGUCUCGCUUUACUGCUGAGAUGUUUUAGACAUAAUCAGUGAACUGUCGGGACGGAGGAGAGCGGAAGCAAUGAUUUGCCACUCAGGACAUUCUUGUAUGUGCCAUAAACUUUUCAGCUGCCACGAUGAUUCCUGCUGUUACUCUGGAAUGUUUACAACAAUAUAUGAUACAUCAAACAUAAGAUCCUAACCAAAAAGUCUUUUGUUUACAUCAAUGCAACUGUGAGAAGUGAAAUUACCACAAUAACUGCUCUUCAAGCUCUUUGACGGUAGAAUGUUAACAUCAUCUGUGUCAAUAAUUGCUGUGAGGUUAAAUGUACAGUUUGAAGUUUUCAAUGUUACAACGCAGCACGGUCUGUAGGUGCUACACGUGAAACGUACACGUUGAGAGGGAAUAAUAAAGCGUUUGGACCGUGUAGUUUGUUGCAAACCCAUUUCACUUGAUGUAGAAGUUCUUGUGCGUUAGAAGCCUAUAUGUCGUCACAUUUUUCAACUCACAUUUAUGAGUGUUCACAAGUUGUUGUUUUUUUAACAACAACAAAUCUGUUGCAUUGAAUUUAUAAGCUUAAACCAAAAAAACUCAAAUCAUUCAGGUUAUUUUAGUCCAUAAAAAGGUUUUCCUUUAUAUGCAUUUUGUUCGGCUGUGUAAGAUUACAUACCAGUAUUUUGUGGAAAACACUGUUUGAAAAACAAAAAAACAAAACAAACAAAAUUGGCUCCAUUUAUUUCACCUGGAGUCUGAUUGCGACACAUGACGUGCAUGUAGAUUUGUGUAAAUACUGAAAUGGUGGAUUUGUCAUUAUAUUCCAGGAGUGUUUAUGACUUUAUUGAACAAAACCUCUGUGCUAUCUGUUAUCGAUAAUAAAAGUAUCAUUGUUAAAA